AUGCCUUUCAAUCAAAUGGGUGAGCUCUUCGAGCUUGAAGACUAUCAGGACCCAAGAGAGAACCAGGGCCUGCUGGUGGGGCACUUCUUCGAAUCUGAUGACGAAGAAACCCCGUCCCUCUCCUCUUCCAUAUCUUCCACCCCCCCUGUCCUGUUCCCUGACAGCCAGGAGGAGGUAUCUGAUGCUCUAAUACCAAGUUAUCCUCAGAACCCUCACUGUGCUGGUCCCUCCCCGGCUGCCAUGGAAGAUAUUCCAUGGAGCGAAAGUGAAGAUGAGGGCUCCAGCAGCCAAGAUGAGGAGGAGCCAAGCACCUUGGAGGUCCCUGAAGAUGCCGAAUCUUUGCUCAAACAUGCUCUGCGUUUGAAGGUGGCCAAGCUGGUAGUUUUCCUGCUCCUGAAGUAUCGUGCAAAGGAGCCGACUACAAAGGAAGAAAUGCUGAGCAGCGUCAUUGAAGAGUGUCAGGACCACUUCCCUGAGAUCUUCAGCCGAGCCUUGCAAUGCAUGCAGCUCGUCUUUGGCAUUGAUGUGAAGGAAGUGGACCCCAGCAACCACACCUAUGUCCUGGUCACCAGUCUGGGCCUUACCUAUGAUGGGAUGAUGAGCAAUGGGCCCAGCAUGCCUAAAACCGGCCUCCUGGUCAUGCUCCUGUGUGUGAUCCUUGUGGAGGGUGGCUGUGCCUCUGAAGAAAAAGUCUGGGCAGUCCUGAAUGACAUGGAAGUGUAUGAUGGGAGGGAGCAUUUCAUCUAUGGGGAUCCUAGGGAGCUCAUCACAAAUAUUUGGGUGCAGGAACAGUAUGUGAAGUACCAGCAGGUUCCCAACAGUGAUCCUGCUCGCUAUGAGUUCCUGUGGGGUCCCAGGGCCCAUGCGGAAACCACCAAGUUCAAAGUCCUCGAGUUUUUGCUUAGGAUCCAUUCAGGGGAUGCCAGUUCCUUUGCAUCCUUGUCCAAAGGGCCUGAGAGAGAUGCAGAAGAGAAGUCCUGA